UCCUCUAUCUUUUUCAGCAAGAAUUGCCCUUCCCCCUUGCAGCUGAACAUUUGUGAUUUGUUACCUGGGAUUAGCUCUCACCAAUCUACAAGAUACCUUGGCCUGCCCCUUGGGAUUGGGAAAUCAAAAAAGGAAGCCUUUGAUUAUGUUCUCCACUCUGUCAGAGCAAAACUUAACAGCUGGAAAUCCAAAUUUCUAUCCCCUGCUGGCAGAGAGGUCCUCAUUAAGGUU